UACGGUCCUUUCGGCGGGUGACUGGGCCAAAGUGGUGGGGUUGUUUAAAACGCUCACGCAGUCCCUACUCAAGAAGCGUGAUUUAGGGUUCUCCAGCGUCACUCUUGCCAUGUCUCGCUUCAUCACCACUGUGGCUGACGUUGCUUUUCUUGUUCAAUUGGUCCUGCAGCCUCUGUCCCCCUGAAGUUGGAAAUGCUUUACCUCAUCGGCUUAGGUCUGGGAGAUGAGGACAUCACCGUCAAGGGCCUGGAAGUUGUUAGACGCUGCAGUCGAGUGUACCUGGAAGCCUACACGUCAGUCCUGACUGUAGGGAAGGAAGCCCUGGAAGAGUUUUAUGGAAGAAAAUUAAUUCUUGCUGAUAGAGAAGAAGUGGAACAAGAAGCAGAUAAUAUUUUAAAGGAUGCUGAUAUCAGUGACGUUGCAUUCCUUGUGGUUGGCGACCCAUUUGGGGCUACAACACACAGUGAUCUUAUACUGAGAGCAACAAAACUGGGAGUCCCUUACCGAGUUAUUCACAAUGCUUCCAUAAUGAAUGCUGUAGGCUGCUGUGGAUUACAGUUGUAUAAAUUUGGAGAGACAGUUUCUAUUGUUUUUUGGACGGACACGUGGAAACCAGAAAGCUUCUUUGACAAAGUGAAGAAAAACAGACAAAAUGGCAUGCACACAUUGUGCUUACUAGAUAUCAAAGUAAAGGAGCAGUCUGUGGAAAACCUAAUUAGGGGACGGAAGAUCUAUGAACCUCCACGGUACAUGAGUGUAAACCAGGCAGCCCAGCAGCUUCUGGAAAUUGUUCAAAAUCAGAGGCUACGAGGAGAAGAACCAGCAAUCACCGAGGAGACACUCUGUGUUGGCUUAGCCAGGGUUGGAGCUGAGGACCAGAAAAUCGCAGCAGGCACUCUACAGCAGAUGUGUACCGUGGACUUGGGGGAGCCGUUGCACUCCUUGGUUAUCACAGGAGGCAGUGUGCACCCCCUGGAGAUGGAGAUGCUCAGUCUGUUCUCCCUCCCAGGAAGUGGCCUAGGGCCCUAGCAUCCAUGGACUCUGAACACGGACGUUUCUUCUUGCCUGUGGUAGUUCCAGUUAGAUGUGGAUGUGUACAUCUUUGUGGAACAGAUUAAGGAGGUGUUUUGGUUUGCCUAUUAAGUGUAAAAUAAGUGACCAAAAGGAAAUCAUUUAGUUCAACAAUCCUGACUUCCUGUAGCCAUGGUUCUCCCCUGUGGUAUCUCAUAUGCCAUUUUGGAAUACUUGUGAUUAGACAUCAGAUAGAAUCAUUUCAAAGCAGUUUUUAUUUAGGAGACCAGUAAAUGCAAGGUGUUUGGUCAGAGGAUAACUAAGAGGUAACUGGAAUUCAAAUCCUUUUAUGUUAGUUUUGUAGGGGAGUUUGCCACAGGUGCUCUAUCACUUGAGCCAGCCCCUUGAUCCUAGUUUUAAAUGGAAAGAAAUUCAGUAGUGGCAAGAAAAUAAAAUAAAUGAUUACUAACUGCUCACGGAUUGUUUUUUAUAUACUUUUCUUCUGUUACAAAAGUCAUCUUUCACCACUGUACCAUAAGCUACCCUGACAGCAGCUGGAGUGUGGACUUCAAAGCAGAAGUGAGAAGAGAAACCCCCACCCAGCAGCACUCCUUGGCUCAAGGCUCAGGGGAGCACGCACCACAGAAUGACACCCUUCUGACAUUCUAAUGGUGUGACUAACUCUACUACAUUUUGGAGGUUAUGUAAUUGUUUAGUUCGAAAUACUCGGCCAGCCGUGGAUAGUUGCUGUUUGGUUGAAAACAGCAUUUUUUGUAGCUAAGCAGAUAAACCAAAAACUUGCUCACUGCAAAAUGGAAAUUUUAAAAAUAUAGGUUUGAAAGCAACAAUAGAUUGGUCAAGAUUCAUCAUAUCACUGAAUUCAGUUAAUAUGCCAUCAUAUCUAUAUAUAUGU